AGAUAACUGACCAGAGUCGCCAGAUCCAAAGAUGCUCCAGAGAAGCGUACUGUAGCCCCUAACUGCAUGACUACAGUGCGUAAUGACAGCAACAGUCUGCCUCACAGCUUAGCAGCAGGUCUUUUGAGGAGAGUUUGUUGUAUGCAGAUGCAAAUCUCCAGUAAUGGCCAUUGACACAUAAGGGAUUCCAGAUCCACUGACAGAUGCAAUAUUAAGGAUACCCAUCUUCCUCGUUCCUGCGGAUCAGGUUUCAACCAGGAUUCCCCUCAGGUAAGAUAGGCUAGGGGCCUUGCUGUCAGUGCCAUUGGAGCAGUGUGCAUUGGAGACAAAAGGAGGACUCGGGAUACUCAGGAGGUAUCUGCACUGAUCUGGAGGGCUAAAAAAAGCUGGGAGCGAUGUCUCAUCAGACAGGUAUCCAUGCGACUGCGGAAUUGAGGCAGUUUCUGGUCAAAGCGAGGCAAGGAGCCACCAGAGUCAUAAAGAUUGUCAUAAGGAGUGAACAAUUGGUGUUGGGGUCCUACAGAGAGCCCUCUCAGAGCUGGGACCGGGACUACGACCCAUGUGUCCUGCCUCUGUUAGACAUGUCAGAGCCAUGCUACAUCCUGCUCCGACUGGACACGCAGAACCAGCAGGGCUACGAGUGGCUCUUCAUCUCCUGGUCUCCAGAUCAGUCGCCUGUAAACACACACACACAUUCAUACACUCUCACAUCUACACACUUUGCUGCACUGAGACCACAUUCUGCCUGUGUGCUGACUCACUGCUCUCUGCAGGUCCGAUCGAAGAUGGUGUACGCCGCUACUCGUGCCACACUGAAAAAGGAGUUCGGUGGAAGUCACAUCAAAGAUGAACUAUUCGGAACCACACAAGAGGAUGUGUGUUUUCAGGGGUACCUUCGCCACAUGUCCUCUUCCUCCAGCCCUGGUCCCUUUACUGCAGCUGAGCAGGAGCUCCAUCAGAUUAAAGCCACAGAGGAGGAGCGAAGACGAGUCACUGCUCCGGCUGGCAGAGGAAAGACACAGAUUAGUGUGGACAGUAAGCCGUUGAAUCUACAGGGAUUGGCGUUCCCGUUACAGGAGGAAGCUAAAAGAGCUUUACAGCUACUCAAACAAAGGCGGAUCAACUACAUCCAGCUAAGGCUGGACACUGAGAGAGAGACAAUCGAGCUGGUCCAUACCAAUCCUACAGAUAUUCGUGAGCUGCCGGCACGAAUCCCUGCUGAUGCUCCUCGCUAUCACUUCUUUCUGUAUAAACACUUAUAUCAGGGCCAGAGUGUGGAGGCUGUGGUAUUCAUCUACUCCAUGCCUGGGUACAGCUGUAGCAUCAAGGAGAGGAUGCUCUACUCCAGCUGUAAGAACCGGCUGCUGGAGGAGGUGGAGAGGGAUUACUGCAUAGAGAUCAGUAAGAAGAUGGAAAUAGACAGUGGAGAGAGCUUGACAGAAGACUACCUAUAUGAAGAAGUUCACCCUAAGCCACAGGCCCUGAAACAAGCCUUUGCCAAGCCAAAGGGCCCUACAGGGAAACGGGGUAACAAGCGUCUGAUCAAGGGAGUAGGCGAGAAUGGUGAAGAGAGCUAGAAGCUAGAAGAGAUCUGUGCGAACCGAGAUGAAGCUUCAAGAGUUUUUCCUGCAUCCUACUGUCUGACUUCUCUUUCUGAAGUUCUGCCUUCAUUCACACUCCUGUGUUCUUGCUAAAUGUUUUGACAGUCAUUGUAUUCACAAGGCCACAGAUAUAAAACAAAUCUCUCUUAUUAUUUUGCAUAAUAUUCAAAUUAAACCUGUUUCUGUAC